UAGAUAGGUGCAGGUGCCGAACGAUUGGACAGGAACCAGAAACGGACGCCGUCUCGGUCUUGCCAGCGAGAUAGAACUAGAAUUUAUCCAAUCAAUCUGUAGUAUCACCACCAUUCACCAAUCACCACCAGUGACCGCGCCGACCAGUGAGACGACUCAGCCGCCGAGCCUCUCUUUAAAUAUCCACACGAUCGAUCGAGACGCCGCCGUGCCAGGUAGUAUACGCGAUUCCUUUCCAUUUUUCCCCCACACGCCAAGUCCGUCCAUCUCGCCAACGCGAGACAUGGCCUCCAAACUCCCCGACCUCGGCGGCGGCGGCGUGGAGGACGGCGGCGGCAAGAAGUGGCCGGGGUUCGUCCAGUUCUUCUUCGUCCUCUCCGUCGUCCUCUGCGUGCUCCUCUACGCCCCGCGGUUCAUCGUGCUCACGCCCACCUAUGGCCUCGACUUCUUCCCCCAGCCGCCGCCCAACGUCACCACCUCGCCCGCCCGCGUCGUGGGAGAUCAUAAUGCUGGCGAAGUGGUGGUUCUUGACAACCAGCUGCGCUCGCCGUGCUCGUCGCUCGCCGGCGACACCAUCUGCUGCGACCGCUCGGAUUUCAACACCGACGUCUGCUUCAUGGCCGGCGACGUGCGGACGGACCCGUCGUCCCUGUCGCUCCUGCUGUUCCCGAAGCAGCCGCCGGCGGCGAACGCCACCGUGGAGGAGAGGAUACGUCCGUACACGCGCAAGUGGGAGGCGCUCAUCAUGAGCAGGGUAGAGGAGGUGCGGCUCCGGAUGGCCCCGCCGGAGGAGGAGCCCGGCCACCGGUGCGACGUCCGGCACGACGCGCCGCUCCUCGUCAUGACGGCGGGGGGCUACACCGGCAACCUCUUCCACGCGUUCAGCGACGGGUUCGUGCCGGCGUGGCUGACGGUGCAACACCUCCGCCGCCGCGUCGUGCUCGGCGUCCUCUCGUACAACCCGUGGUGGGCGGGCACGUACGGCGAGAUCAUCUCCGGCCUCUCGGACUACCACGUCGUCGACCUCCUCCACGACAAGCGGACGCACUGCUUCCCCGGCGCCAUCGUCGGCACACGCUUCCACGGCAUCCUCUCCGUCGACCCGGCGAGGCUCCGCGACAACAAGACCAUCGUCGACUUCCACGAUCUCCUCGCCGGCGUGUACGAGACCGCAGGAGACACCGUCGUCGUCGACGACGUUACUCAGCCGGCGCCACGGCGGCCACGGCUCGGGAUCGUGUCGCGCAGGGGGACGCGGGUGAUCGAGAACCAGGCGGCGGUGGCGCGGCUCGCGAGGUCGGUGGGGUUCGACGUGGACAUCCUGGAGACGGCGAACGGGCUGCCGCUCCCGGCGUCGUACGCGUCGGUGAGCGCGUGCGACGUGCUGGUGGGGGUGCACGGCGCCGACCUGACCAAGCUCCUGUUCCUGCGCCCCGGCGCGGCGCUGGUGCAGAUCGCGCCGCUGGGCGUGGCGCCGAUCGCGCGCGGGUGCUACGCGGAGGCGUCCGCGCGGAUGGGGCUGCACUACGAGCAGUACGACGCGGAGGGGCACGAGAGCUCGCUGAGCCGCAAGUACGGCCUCCGCGACGUGGUGGUGUCCGACCCGGAGGCCGCCAAGCGCGACAAGGGGUGGGGCUUCGUCGCCCGCGUCUACCUCGGCGGCCAGAACGUCACCCUCGACCUCUCCAGGUUCCGACACACGCUCACCAGGCUGCACGCGCGCGCCCUGCGCGUACGCUCGUUGCACCCAGCGCCGUAGACGGAUUAUCGGAUAGCAGCGGCAGAAGCAGCCAUGGAUGAAUCCAUCGGUUUCUCGAGCGGAUAGACGUACGUGACAAGUGCUCCAUUGCAACCAGUUGUUUAGGCGAUUGCUAAGGCGACGGCCGGAGAUUGGCCAUGGUGCUGUAAGGAUAGCCGUCUGGCUCUGCAGCGCAUACAGUUGGACUCGAAACGUAUACCAGUUGGUAGCUUUUUAAGGGCGAGGUGCCAAGUUAGGAUAUAACUACUACUCUCUGGAUAUUGGUAACUAUUAAGGCAUUAAAUUUAUUUCUUGGAAUACAAUUUUUGUUUUGCUACAUA